AAAAGAUUCCGGAUUCAUCCCGGGUCAAAUUGACCUAGGAUAACCCGGGUUGGAACCCGGUUGAACAGCAUCAGCUAGGGGUUUUUGCCAUCAAAACCCUAGCUUUACAUUGGGCUUCGUCUUCGAGUGCAGGAAUUGGAAUUCGUUCAAAACCAUCUCUGGCAGCGCCCUGGUAACCCCCGUCGACGGUGGUCUUCUAGUAUAACAUAUAUUUGGAUCUUUGAGUUUGUUAAGAGUUUUCAAGAUGGGACCUUCGAAGCAGUUGAAGAAAGCGCAAGACAGUGACAGUGAUUUCGAAGAUUACGAUGAUGGCAUGGAUAGCGAGAAUCUAACUCAUGAAGAAGAAGAAGAAGAAGAAGACGACAACGACGAUGAAGAUGGAGAGGAAGAUGAAGGGGAAGGUAUUGAUAGAGAUGCGGAGAUGGAAGAGCUUGAGAAAGAGUACAAAGCUCUUCAGCGCCAGGAGCUAGAUAUUCUAAAGGAUAUGAAGCGUCACAAGGAUGAAGAUCUUCUUAAGGGUCAGGCAGUGAAGAACCAAAAGGCUCUCUGGGACAAAACUCUGGAAUUCAGAUUCUUACUUCAGAAAGCGUUCUCAAGUUCAAAUAGAUUACCCCAGGAGCCAGUUAGGUCUUCAUUCUGUGAUUCAGAUGAGGAUGUCAACGUAGCAUAUUCAAACCUGAUUACCUCAUCUAAGAAGACUUUAGAUUCUCUAGUGGGAUUACAAGAGGCUUUGCUUGAGAAGAAUCCUUCUAUUGUUCAACCCACAGAUGGUAAUUUUGGAAGAUCAUCCAAGAUCUCAGAAGCUGCUAUGAACUCUAGUGUUGAAGGGGAUGAAGAUUGGUCUAGGGUUUCUCAGAUGCAGAUGAGGAUAGCUUCCUUCAGAGACAAAUCAAUAGACAAAUGGCAGAGGAAGACACAGGUGACAACCGGUGCUGCUGCCAUGAAAGCCAAAUUGCAUGCUUUUAACCAGAAUAUUAGUGAGCAAGUUGCUGCCUAUAUGAGAGAUCCAAGUAGAAUGAUCAAGCAGAUGCAACUGAGGAAAUCAACAGUUGGCAUAUUUGGGAGUGGUCUUGGAAGGGAGGAUAAUUCUGAGAGAGAGGAAGUACAACCCGAUGGUGACCCUGAACUUCUAGACGACACCGAAUUUUACCAGCAAUUAUUGAAGGAAUUCUUUGAGAUGAUUGACCCAACAUCAUCGGACUCAGCCUUUUAUGCUAUGAAAAGGUUGCAAACUAAGAAGAGAAAGAUGGUAGAUCGGAAGGCCUCGAAGAGUCGUAAAAUAAGGUACCAUGUUCAUGAAAAGAUUGUCAAUUUUAUGGCUCCUCAGUCUAUGGAUCUUCCUCCUAUGGCAGCUAAAUUAUUUGACAAUUUGUUUGGAUUGAAAACCCAAAAACCAGCUUCUGUAGUCUAGUACUCAUGCACAAGUGGGGCAGCCGUAAGGUCGUAUGAAGUCAAAGGCUUGCCAAUAUGUAAUAUCAGUUAACGAAAUUGCCUUUGUAUUUAUUUACUUUACUUCAUGCUUUA